AUGGGUUACGAGUUUGCUUCCCUUGUGAUCCUGGAACUCUACAUGGUGGAGAAAGACCUUAAUGCAAAGUUUAUUAUUUCAAUGGAAAAAAACAAAACGACAAUCACAAACUUAAAGGUACCAGAGGGUGCUACUGGAGACACAGGACGGGAAAGAACAAAGACAUUUACCUAUGAUUUUUCCUAUUUCUCAGCAGACAGUAAAAGCCCCAGCUUUGUUUGUCAAGAAAUGGUUUUCAAAAAUCUUGGUACAGAUGUGCUUAAAUCUGCUUUUGAAGGUUAUAAUGCUUGUGUUUUUGCAUAUGGACAGACUGGAUCUGGGAAGUCCUACACCAUGAUGGGAAAUGCGGGUGAUGCAGGUUUGAUACCUCGAAUUUGUGAAGGAUUAUUCAGCAAAAUAAAUGAAAAAACAAAGCGGAACGAGGCCUCCUUUCGAACCGAAGUCAGUUACCUGGAAAUUUAUAAUGAACGUGUGAGAGACCUUCUCAGACGGAAGUCAUCAAAAACCAAUAAUUUGCGAAUACGAGAACACCCAAAAGAAGGGCCAUAUGUUGAGGACUUGUCUAAACAUUUGGUGCAAAAUUAUACUGAUGUUGAGGAACUUAUGGAUGCAGGAAAUAUAAAUAGGACAACGGCUGCAACUGGAAUGAAUGAUGUCAGUAGUAGGUCACAUGCCAUUUUCACCAUCAACUUCACUCAGGCUAAAUUUGAUUCUGAAAUGCCUUGUGAAACUGUUAGCAAGAUUCAUUUGGUAGAUCUUGCUGGAAGUGAGAGAGCAGAUGCCACCGGUGCCACAGGGGUUAGGUUAAAGGAAGGAGGGAAUAUUAACAAAUCUCUAGUUACUCUGGGAAACGUUAUUUCUGCCUUAGCUGAUUUAUCUCAGGACGCAACAAAUCCUCUUUCAAAGAAGAAACAAGUAUUUGUGCCUUACAGGGACUCUGUGUUGACUUGGCUGUUAAAAGAUAGCCUAGGAGGAAACUCUAAAACAAUAAUGAUUGCCACUAUUUCACCUGCUGAUGUCAAUUAUGGAGAAACUUUAAGUACACUUCGCUAUGCAAAUAGAGCCAAAAACAUCAUCAACAAACCUACUAUUAAUGAGGAUCCGAACGUCAAACUGAUCCGUGAGCUGAGAGCUGAAAUAGCCCGAUUAAAAGCCCUGCUCGCUCAAGGGAAUCAGAUUGCACUCUUGGAUUCUCCAACAGCUUUAAGUAUGGAAGAAAAGCUUCAGCAGAAUGAAGCAAGGGUACAAGAACUGACCAAAGAGUGGACUAACAAAUGGAAUGAAACUCAAGAUAUUUUGAAAGAACAAACCUUGGCUCUGAGGAAAGAAGGGAUAGGUGUUGUGUUAGAUUCCGAAUUGCCUCAUCUCAUUGGCAUUGAUGAUGACCUUCUCAGUACUGGUAUCAUCUUGUACCACUUGAAGGAGGGCCAAACAUAUGUUGGCAGAGAAGAUGCUAUGACAGAACAGGAUAUUGUUCUUCAUGGCCUUGAUUUGGAAAGUGAGCAUUGCAUCUUUGAAAAUCUCAGUGGCACUGUGAACCUCAUCCCACUGAAUGGAGCGCAGUGUUCCGUGAAUGGUAUUCAGAUUACAGAGCCCACACACCUCAACCAAGGUGCUGUUAUACUACUUGGAAGAACCAACAUGUUUCGCUUUAACCACCCCAAAGAAGCUGCUAAGCUAAGGGAGAAAAGAAAGAGUGGACUGCUGUCUUCCUUCAGCUUGUCUAUGACAGAUCUUUCAAAAUCUUGUGAGAACCUGUCAGCAGUUAUGCUUUAUAAUCCAGGGCUGGAAUUUGAGAGACAACAACGAGAGGAGCUUGAAAAAUUGGAAAGUAAAAGGAAACAAAUAGAAGAGAUGGAAGAAAAACAAAGAUCUGACAAAGCAGAACUUGUAAGAAUGCAGCAAGAAGUAGAGUCACAGCGCAAAGAGACAGAAAUAGUUCAGCUGCAAAUUCGAAAGCAAGAGGAGAGUCUGAAACGGAGAAGUGUCCACAUUGAGAGCAGGUUAAAAGAUUUGCUGGCUGAAAAAGAAAAAUUUGAAGAAGAAAGAUUACGGGAACAACAGGAGAUAGAGCUUCAAAAGAAAAAGCAGCAGGAAGAAAUUUUUGCCCGGGUCAAAGAGGAGUUGCAUCGAUUACAAGAACUUAAUCAUAAUGAAAAAGCAGAGAAAAUGCAGAUUUUUCGUGAACUAGAAAAACUUAAGAAGGAAAAAGAUGAACAGUAUGUUAAGCUGGAAUCAGAAAAAAAGAGACUUGAAGAACAAGAAAGAGAACAGGUGAUACUGGUGGCUCAUCUAGAGGAACAGCUUCGAGAGAAGCAGGUCAUGAUAGAGCUCCUGAAGAGAGGGGAUGUACAAAGACUUGAAGAAGAGAAGAGAGAUCUUGAAGAUAUUAGAGAAUCUCUUUUGAAAGUCAAGGAAGCUCGAUCUGAAGGUGAUGAAAACCAUGAAGAGCUAGAAAAAGUGCAGCAUGAUUUUGUAGAGUUUAAAAGGAAACAGCUGGAACAGUUGGCUAUAUUGGAAAAAGAUUUAGUUCAACAAAUGGAUCACCUAGAAACAGAAAUAGCAGAUGAAGAAAGAGCUCUGGAGCACUUAAAAUUCGCACAUGAAGAACAUUCAAAGCUCAAGAGAGAUGAAAACUUUGUGGAUGCCAUACUCAAGGCUGACGAAGUUGACAAGAUAAAGCCAGCAGAGUACAGGCUCCAAUCUAAAGUACGCCAGCUUGAGUACCUGAAGAGUAAUCAUUUGCCAGCUCUGCUGGAAGAAAAACAAAGAGCUUCUGAAGUCCUUGAUAGGGGUUUGUUAGGAUUAGAUAACACUCUCUAUCAAACAGAGAAAGAAAUAGAAGAAAAGGAAGAGCAGCUUGCCCAGUAUAGAGCUAGCACAAAUCAGCUGCAGCAGCUUCAAGAAACCUUUGAAUUCACAGCCAAUGUAGCUCGUCAGGAAGAAAAGGUUCGGAAAAAGGAAAAAGAAAUCCUUGAAUCAAGGGAAAAACAGCAGAGAGAGGCACUGGAGCAAGCUGUUGCUAAGCUAGAAAGGAGACAUUCUGCUUUGCAGCGUCGUUCAACGAUAGACUUUGAAAUCGAAGAGCAGAAACAGAAGCUGGCCACCUUGAACAACAGCUGCAGUGAACAGGCAGGGCUGCAGGCGAGUCUGGAAGCUGAGCAGAAAGCCCUUGAGCAAGACCGAGAACGCCUGGACCAGGAAAUUCAACAGCUGAAGCAAGAAAUAUACGAGGGAGAUGGUGCUCUGAAAGGAAACUAUGGAACAUUAGAAGAGAGACUCUCCCAUAGCACUUCCCCUAUCACCCCAACAAAGCCACAGCCACCUGCUGUUCCACUGGUUGAUGAUAGGAUAAAUGCCUUUAUUGAACAAGAAGUGCAGAGAAGACUCCAGAAUAUUCAUCAUAGAGCUGAGGAUAAUGAUAUUGGCAUGAGCUGGUCUGCAGAAAGUUUAAAGGAUAAUGAGAGGCUUAAUAACGGCACUGUUCAACGCAAGCUGAAGUAUGAGCGGAUGGUCUGUCGUUCACUGGGAGCAAAUCCAGACGACCUGAAGGACCCAAUUAAAAUUAGUAUUCCACGGUAUGUCCUGUGUGGGCAGGGAAAGGAUGAACACUAUGAGUUUGAAAUAAAGAUAACAGUCCUGGAUGAGACAUGGACAGUAUUCCGGCGGUACAGUCGGUUUCGAGAAAUGCAUAAAACUUUAAAACUGAAGUACCCAGAGCUUGCCACUUUAGAAUUCCCUCCAAAGAAGCUCUUUGGAAACAAGGAUGAACGGGUGAUUGCAGAACGACGGAGUCACUUAGAGAAAUACCUCAGGAGCUUUUUCUCUGCAAUGCUGAAAUCUCCAUCAUCUCCACUGCACAUUGAUAAAGUGGGGCUAACUCUAUCAAAAUACACCAUCUGCGAAUUCUCACCAUUCUUCAGGAAAGGUGUUUUUGACUAUAGCAGCCAUGGGACCAGCUAA